AUGUCGCAAACCCCCGCCCAACUCCGCUCCCUCUACCGCCGUAUCCUGCGCGAACUCCCCAUCCCCGCCAGCACCACCCCCUCGCGCACAUCCCACCAAAAGCUCUCCACACCCUCGACGCUGCAAAAACGCAUCCGCGACACACUCGCCAAACCCGCGGCAAACACGGACUCCCGGAUCCAGCAGGCGGAGCAAUUCGCGCAAUAUGUACAGGCGCAACGGACGUAUCUAGCGCUGAUUGAGCGGUAUAAUCCGGGCAUGGGGAUGAGUGAGGAGGAGAGGGUACGGUUGAGCGCGCGGAGGGUGGGCAUGAAUUUGCCGGUGGAGUAUGAGGUGGGGGGUAGGUGCAAUGCUUUUGCGGCAAGGUGUGGAGCGUAUGAUUCGACGGUUGGGGACGAAAUGCAGUUGGACGAGGGCGGACGUAGAAAUAUUGUCACCACUCCUAAUUCCCAUAGGCUUCCAGCGAGUGCGGCCUGUAAAGCCGUAGGACCUCAGAUAAUGCCAAACUAG